CCAGCAAGUAAGUCAAAUCAAACUCUUAAGUUUCGUUUCUACCUCUCUGUUUCUUCUUUUUCAUAUUUAAUUUCUUUGAAGAUGGGGAAUUGCUCUCAAAGAGCAGUAUCUGACGGUGGUGGCUCUUCAGUCAGAGUAGUUGAGAGAGAUUCCAAAAAGAUAAUGGAAGAAUAUUGCAGAAGUCGUAGUUGCAGCUCGUUGCCGCCAAUAAAGAGGGAGGAAACUCUAGGGUACCUUGUUAGGCAAGCUACACUAAGCCCUAAAAGAGUUGGGGCAACGAUUCAAGUGUCUCCCCAAAGAAGAAAUGGAGUUUGGAAAGCAAAAGUGGUGAUCGGAAGUAAACAGCUUGGAGAGAUUCUAGCAGUUGAAGGCAAUACACAUGCCUUGAUUGAUCAACUUCGGAUUGCCGCUUCAGAGGCUUCAGCCUCGGAGAGAGUUGGAGGUAGAAACUUAUCAUCCAGAAAAGGCAAAGAGAGCUAUUUCUGUUAGGUUUUGAAGAUCGCACGCUGUUAUUUGUUUGUUUAUUUUCUACUUUGUAAAUCCUUUUGGACGCAAAAGUAUAUAUCGUACAAAAGGUUGAGAAUAAAUGUACCGAUUCUAUA